AUGUUGGAAGCAUCAGCAGCCGCCUUCAAGAUCAUCUGUCCUCUUUCUCGACCCAACCGGAAGCUUCAUCCACUGAAACGGCAGCCGCAGUUCAAAGCCAUCGCCAGCAGCCGCGGUUCAAAGCCAGUAGGGUUCGGCCCACCGUCCGCGGCAACAGGAGCUUCACCAAUGGUAGAAGCUAGACCAACGAGUUCGGGUUCGGGUCUUGGCACGGCCUCAUCAACGUCGACAUCAUCAGCCGAAGACGGCCGGCUUCACCUUCGGACAGAUUUGUCAUCGACAUCCGUGAAGGAAUCCGACGCCACCAGCUUCGUCCGUAAGCCUCCAUCCGGAAUGGCACCCGAAGACCGACCCCGAAGGCCAUGGCGUCGACAAUAA